AUGGAGGAUGGUCUGUUGAUAGAGCAGGUGUCAGGAUUCCCACAGUUAUAUGCUAAAUCAGACGCGAGGUAUAAAAACAAUCGUCUGAGGGAGAACGCAUGGAAGACCAUUGGAGUUAUCUUGGAAGAGACACCUGAGGCAUGUGAACACCGAUGGAAGAUACUGAGAAACAAGUACACAGCACUUAGGAGGGAAGCCAGGCAAACUCCAUCAGGUUCUGGGGCCACUGAAAUAACUUGGCCAUAUUUUAAGCUGAUGAGUUUCCUGGACCCGUAUUUGCAGACAAGAAAGUCGUUUUCCAAUGUAAGAUUAAAAAAUGUAGAGGCAAAUGAGUGGGACUCAUUAUCCCAAAUGAUAGUAGAAGAUAAUACAGAAAAAGAAAACAAUUGCUCUGAUGUUGAAUCUGAACCCACUUGCUCAUCUCAGAGUAAUAGGGUACAAACACCAGUACAAACACCAAGUGGAAGACCAGCUGCUGCACAAUCUCAGCAGAGAAAAAGAGAAUUUGUUUCGGCAAUACCCAGAAACACACUGCCCUCAAAAAAAGCUAAAUCAGAAGUCCUAACAGAAAAAAUGAGUGGAUGUUUCGAUACGUUCCAAAAAGUUUUGGAAAACAACAUUUCAAAACCAGCAACAGCAAAUAAUGAUGACGAUGAACCUUUUGUGAGAAGUUUGGUUACAGAUUUGAGUAUAUUCUCAAAUAGAGAUAAAAUCAUUAUAAAAAGACAAAUAUAUAAUGUUGUUGCAGAUUAUCUUCUGUUAAAGGAAAAUGAUAAUAAUUGA